CUCACACAGGCCAAGCGCCACCUCCCCCAUCGCCUUUCCCGUCUCGUCUCACCCCACCUCUCCGGCUCCUGCUCAUAGCCAUCACCUUUCUCAUCCCAUUCCACACGAGCUAAGCGCACACAGCAACUGCCACAGAUCCACGCCAGGAAGGACUCCAUCGGCUUCUCCGCCUCACCUCUCCGCAGCAAGCAGAGCAGAGGCAGGCAGGGGAUGAAGCGCGUAGUGGGGAGCCCGGGAACAUGGAGCGGCGUGGCGCUGCGGCUGUCGCAGUGCGCCUUCGCCGCCGCGUCCACCUUCGCGUUGGACUCCGGCUUCGGCUACUCCAACUACAGCGCCUACGCCUACAUGGAUACAGUGUUGACCCUGCAGCUUGUGUGGAGUUUGUACCUUGCUUGUAAGGAUAUCUUUGCUCUCAGGAAUAAAAAGGAUCUUCACACCCCACAUGAUCUAUUGUUCUUUGUUGUCAUUGACUGGGCCUUGGCGACUCUCAUGUUCUCAGGAGCCUGUGCCUCCGCGAGCCUGACAAUUUUCUUCAUGUGGGAUGUGAACCUCUGUGGGGCAUACUCGCGGCUGGCCUGCCGGCAGUUCGCUCUUUCAGUCACCCUGGCGUUCAUGACAUGGUUGUUGCAAGCUGCAUCAUCUUUCUCUGGGUUUUGGCUACUGGUCUCAUUCUUCUAGUGAUCUCACAUGCUCAUAAUCGGUGUGGCAUUAUGCUAAUUGUCAAUGGGCGUGCAUCCUUCACCACUUGUUAGAUAGAUGGAUUGUCUGUUUGAUAGUAGCUCAUCUUUAUCCUAGGAGUUGGUUAUGAACGCCUUGAGGUGGAACAGUUACUGUUUAGAUUAUGUGGGAUCAUUAAUAUGAAGAGUAAUAUAUGGAGAUAAGUGGCCAUCGAAGGUACUUGAAA